AUGCCUACCGCCGUGCCCAUCUCCGACGGGCAACUGCCCAAGAAUCCUCCAGACCUCUCCAAGAAGCUUCCAAAGCUCACACCGCGCCGUCGACCACAAGUAAAAGAAGAAGACUCGAAUGCACCACCUCCAACACCAGCACUUCCUGGAGCCCCAAAUCUCGAAAGCCACAAAUACUUCAAGCCAAGUCGAAGAAUUCUAUCUCAACGCGAUCAUGAGCUCUUCCUCUCCUCUCCAACGCACGACCUGAUCGUCAGCUUUGUCUUCCACCUCUCCGACUCUCUUCGCGACCAGACGAUCGGCCAUGUCCAGGACUCCGCCGCCGCUCAAGACCCGGCUAUCAUAGCACUCCUCGCAGUCCUUGACGAGGCGGAGACAUUACUCAAACAACACCCAGCUCUCGACACGGGCUCAAGAUUUGGUAACCCAGCUUUCCGCGACUUCGUGGGCGCUGUGGAGAAUGCACUGCCAGAAUGGCAUGACAAGAUAGGCAUAACGGAUAAGGAUGCACAAAACGAGCUAUCAACGUAUAUCUCAAACUCGUUUGGCAGUAGCAGCCGAAUCGAUUACGGCAGUGGUCAUGAGCUGAACUUCAUUCUCUGGCUGCUAUGUCUGCGACAGCUACACAAAUUGCCAGACUCGACGUUCCCAGCUCUCGGACUGCUUGUCUUCCCACGAUACUUACGCCUCAUGCGCCAUGUGCAGAGUACGUACUAUCUCGAACCAGCUGGAAGUCAUGGAGUCUGGGGUUUGGACGACUACCAAUUUCUGCCAUUCUUGUUCGGAGCCAGUCAGCUGGUCAACCACAAGCACAUUCGACCUUUGAGCAUACAUAACCAGCUCAUCAUCGAAGAAUGCAGUCAAGACUUUCUCUACCUGGAUCAAAUCCAAUGGGUGAACGCGACCAAAACCGUCCAAGGUCUUAGAUGGCAUUCUCCUAUGCUAGACGACAUAUCUUCGGCGAAAUCCUGGGCGAAAGUGGAAAGUGGGAUGCGGAAGAUGUUUUUGGCCGAAGUCCUGGGCAAGUUGCCUGUCGCGCAGCAUUUCUUGUUUGGAAGUCUUUUGCCAGCGUUGGAGGAGAUGAGCAAGGACGCUGAGGAGAGGGUUGGAGACGAGGAUGUGGGAGAAUAUGAGGUCACUGUUGAUGGCAUGAAGCAUGUGCACAGCUCUAGUAGCUGGGGAGAUUGCUGUGGGAUUAAGGUGCCUAGUGCUGUUGGUGCGAGACAGGAAGCUCAAAAACAUGGGUCUGGAGGAGAACUCAGGAGAGUGCCGUUUGAUUGAGAUAUGACGCCUUUCUUUCACGUAAGAUCGUUAAUCGUGUCUAUUUCCUAUGAGCCUACACUAGAGUCCGCAAAUAGCUGUCCAACUCUUAGGCAGUACAAGUAUGGCCUUCAUAUUCUCUGGACACGUUGAUAGCUCGGCUUUCGACUCCCUGCCUCCUCAUUCUCUCCAGUCGAAGUCGAAGCCUGGCAGACAUUACCUUCCCCCUCCUCUCCAACCCAGAAUGCCAGCAUCCGCAGUUAGAGAUGCGAAAAUAUGUAUGUCAGCGAGCCAUGUGCCUGAAAUCCAAGCAUGCAAUUCCCCACCAACCAAGCAUGGGAGAAUUCCAGUCGACCCUCCAUUUCACCUCUCUCUCUCUUUCUCGUCCCAUCAGAAAAUCCUAACAGAAUGAUGACUACUCUCCCUCCUCGCCGCAGGUUCCAAUUCCCGAAUCCUCUCCAAAACAUCACCUUCCCUCCUCGCCGACCAAGCACUCCAACUACAAGUAUUAAUCUCUCUCACACCAGGCGAGAGCGGCGAGGCGCCAGACCCGUAAUACAGCGCCUGGUCAUUAUGAAGUUGUAUAGCUCGAUUGCGACCCUUUUCUCGGUAGAGGAGGUAGGUGAGGAGGGCGAUGAUGAGGAGGAGAGGGAGAGCGAUUCCUACGGCUGUGCCUGCGAUUUCGGGGGAUGUGAAGGAUGAUAUUGGUGAUGAGGCGUUGUUAUUGGUGGUGGUGGUGGUGGGAUGGAGAGGUGCUGUGGGUCGGAGGUCUUUGAUUUCGAAGGUCGUGCCUGAAGCGGCACAGUCGUUUGGGUAGAGACCGCAGGUGAAAGUUGUGUUUGUGCAGGGCAUUAAUGGGCAAGGUUUAUUUGAGGCUUCUGUUCGAGAAGAAG